GAUGUGCACCCCGAUCCCCGGGGCGGCCGGGGGCUGCGGGGAGGCCUCGGCGGUGCGGGCGAGCCUGCUCGGGAGGUGGCGGGGAUGCUGCGGGGCUGAUUAUUCACAGCUUCCCUCGCCCCGAUUGGCUCUGCCGCCGCGCACAGCCGGGCCCCGCCGCAGGAGGAGACUCCGUGGCCAUAAAAGCGGGGUGAGAGGCAGCCGGCGGCGAGUCCGGUGGACAGCCCGGGCAGCACCGUGGGGCCACCUGCCAGUGUGGCCUUGCCACCGAUGACUGGCGCAGCCUGACGCCCGUGGAGGGACGCCCAUCAGCCACGACCCGUCCUGACUUGGCGAGGCGGGUGCUCGGCGGGACGGGGAGCAGCGGCAGGCAGCGUCUGCAGGGCGAGAUGGCACGGGGGGCACUGGCACUGGCACUCUGCCUGUCCCUGUCUGCGGUGGCAUCUGCCGACUGUGUCACGCAGUGCUCCCUCUGCGCAGCCCAGGCCCGCGGUGCCGAGAGCGGCGUCCAGCCCCUGGGCUCCUUGUCGCCCGGCCCCGAGUGGGAGAUGUGCAGGAAGGCGCUGGCGCUGCUGGCCCCGCUGGUGGCCCUGGCCGAGGGGACAGACCCGUCGCCACAGGAGGCGGAGGAGGAUGAGGCGCAGCCGGAGCAGGCUCUGGGCCCCGCAGAGCUGCCGCCGGCGCCGGCCAAGCGCUACGGCGGCUUCAUGAAGAUGAUGUCCAAGGCGAGGCUGCUGUCCCUGCUCCGCGAGAACGCCCACGGCAAGGGCGGCCUCAGCAAGAAGUCCGGGGCCUUCAGCCGCAAGGCGGGCGAGCGAGCGGCCCCCGAGGACUACCCGGGGCCGGCAGCGGACGGGGACGAAGAGCCCACGGGGGCCGGGGCCGAGGCGCCGGGGCCGGCGCAGCUGCACAAGCGCUACGGGGGCUUCCUGCGCCGCAUCCGGCCCAAGCUCAAGUGGGACAAUCAGAAGCGCUACGGGCCCUUCCUGCGGCGGCAGUUCAAGGUGACCGCCCGCUCGGACGAGGAUCCCAGCGCCUACUCAGGGGAGGUGUCAGACCUAUAGAGCCAGGCGUGCCACGGCAGCGCCGCGGUCCCCACGCUGCCACCCCCAGUGUGCCGUCGCCCCCCAGCCCUGUCCCCUGCCCAGCCCGGUGUGGCUGCUGCCACCCUUGCCUCGUUCCCUCAGGGCACCAUGUGUUCCAUCCCGUUGUCCCUCUCUGGUCCACCUGCCCAUCCUGUGCGCGGAGGGACAGUGCCGCUCCUCCGGCUGUGGCCGUGGCCCAGCCCAGGGUUCCCGGGGUGCGUUGCUGGGGUCACAGAUCCUCCAUCCUCCCGUGGCUGCCGGAGCACUGCAGGGUCGGUCUGGAAACCACAGGGCAGGGGGCUCCGAGCACUGGGGAGGAUGAGCCAGGGCAGGAUCGGGGAGGUGUCUGGUGGAGCCACAGCACCAUCACCAGGUGCUCAAGCAGUGCUGAGCUCAGCCCCCAUUCCCCUCCCCAGCCUCUCACAGUGUCCCACCAACCCCAGCACGCACCUGGUGCCCCUGGGCUCCCCCCUCCAAGAGUGACUCUAGAGGCAGGGUCAGCCCCAUGCCCCAACACCCAACUCCCCCCCGCAGUCAAUAAAAGGCAGAUGCCAACGAA